AUGAGGAUAAAAGAAUAUGGGCAACCCCGUCGGUCCCACAUGAGCAAACCUAUCCUAGCUUGCUUCAGACAGCCUGAUGCCAAGCAGAUAGAAGAGGCUCGAAUGGCCGCUAAACGAUCAGCAUUAGACCGUCGUGAUCCAUACCCUCCCGGUCACGACGAUCGAAAGCGUCCAACUUUGGGCGAGCGCAGAAUGGAACCACCACCACCACCACCGCGAUUUGAUCAAGUGUCCACCAAUGUUGGGGGCCCGGGACAAAGUAGAUCAGGGGCAGGAAAUUACGGAGAAUCUAGCGAUUUAAUGUCAUCUAAAAAGCGAGACUACGGCGGAAAGCGCGAUGACAUACGAAAGAACGAUGCUCGGGGCGCUGGUGGUGAUUUUAAACGCGGCUCUGACUUUGAUAUAAUGCCCAGGCACUCUAGUGGAAGUGGUGGACAUAUGAUGCAUCCCAGUAAGUCCGAUAAAACUGUUUCAGGUCAUUCAUCAUCUCAUCAAGGAAAUCUUAUGAAAUAUCCAGGCCAAAAUUAUGAUGAUCGUGGCAGGGAUAACUCUGAUAUAAAUUCAAGACAAGAUUCAGGUUCUGGUGGACCUAUGCAAUCAUCACGUUCAAAGGAUUCUAGUCGUUAUGCCGAUCGUUCAGCCGAUAGACCUUCCGAUCGCGGAUCAGGCAUGUCUUACAGGGGUGGUGGAGGGGACAGAGAUGCAGGCCGAAGACCUGUAGAGACUCCUGAUCACAGAUCUUCUUCAGGAGGAAAAAUGGCAGUUCGCGGCAAUAGCAGAGAACGCCGAUAUGUUGAUAGUAGUAUGAAAGAUAAUGGGCGUUAUAUAGAUCGACCCAAUUCAUCAUGGCACUCUGGGGGUGGAUCAUCUUCUUCAAAGCCUUAUGGCAGUGGUGGGAUGAGCUCUUCGGGGUCAGGCAUGGGCUCUGGUCAGAAUAUGGUUACAAAUAAUCCAUGGGCAAAUGAUUCUCGAUCAAAACCUUCAUCCCAAAAUCAAUCAUCUACAUGGCGCCAAGUGGACAAUUCAUCCUCAAAUGACAGAUGGUCGCGUGCACCGUUAUAUCCACCUGGUGUUUCACCAAAUUCCAUUAUGGGAAGUUCCAACACAUAUGGUGACAGAUACAGUAUGUCUUCAAUAAGGAAAUAUUAAAAAAUAUAUAUAAGAGAAUUAAUUUAUCGGGCUUACUCAGUUUAUAUAAUUUAGUUUAUUUCUUGUUAUUUAAGUGUACAGUUAA